UCAGAUCACACUAUACCCCCCAUUCUUUAAGCCUGUGACGCACGCGUGAGCAGGGAGGUAUCGUUUAUAAAAGCAGCCAACAAAGGCAUGAUUAUUAGGACUGAAAUAGUAGACUGAAGACCGCCGAUAUGUCGCUGGAAGAGUCGUUCUUGUUAACCCCAGAGGACAGCACACUUCUGCUCCUGAAUGUUUCCAGGGUAUUUUGGGAGUCCGCAGGAGAGCAGCAGCACCACUUCAGCAUCUGGCUCCCUGGUAUCGGCAUCGCUGCUAUCUACGGGAUCAUCAUCAUCGUGGGGCUGAUUGGAAAUGUCACUUUAAUGAAGACGUGUCUGUUGGUGAGGUCCAUGCGGACGGUGCCCAACUUAUUCCUGUCCAGUCUGGCUCUGGGGGACCUGCUGCUACUGGUGACCUGCGCGCCGGUGGACGCCAGCCGGUACUUGGUGGACGAGUGGCUCUUCGGCCGCGUCGGAUGCAAACUGAUCCCUUUCAUCCAGCUCACCUCUGUGGGAGUCUCCGUGUUCACUCUCACUGCUCUCUCCGCUGACCGGUACAAGGCUAUCGUCAAACCGCUGGACAUCAACAAGUCCAGUGCUGCUCUGAGCAUCGGUUUACGCGCAGGGAUGAUCUGGCUGCUCUCGGUGACUCUGGCUGUGCCCGAAGCCGUUUUCUCCGACCUGCACACCUUCACCACCAGCCACACCAAUGAGACGUUUGUGACCUGCGCCCCUUACCCUCACGCGGGGGAGCUCCACCCGAAGAUCCACUCCACCGCCUCAUUCCUCAUCUUCUACAUCAUGCCCCUCUUCAUCAUAUCUGUCUACUACUGCUUCAUCGCUCGCAGUCUGGUCAGAAGCUCCGCGGACAUCCCCGCCGAGGGACACCUGCACUUUCAGAAGCAGAUCAGGUCCAGGAAGCGUCUGGCUAAAACUGUGCUUGUGUUUGUCGGCUUGUUUGCGUUCUGCUGGCUCCCGAGUCAUGUGAUCUACCUGUACCGCUCCUACCACUACAACCAGGUGGACACGUCGCUGGGCCACUUCAUCGCCAGCGUGUGCGCUCGCAUCUUGGCCUUCACCAACUCCUGUGUGAACCCAUUUGCUCUGUACCUGAUGAGCAAACGCUUCAGGAAACACUUCAAAAAGCAUCUUCUGUGCUGCUCCGCUCCCACAGAGCUGCGCAGCCAGAGCAGCAGGAGCACAAAUGUAACGACCGUCUGAACCAAUCGGUGUUCAUGAACUUCACGCCCAUGCUUUGGCAGGAUUUGAGCCACUUUUGAGUUCAGUAACAUGAUAGAAAAUUAUUAUAUCAUAAUAGUACCUGAAUUAAAUGAAUUAAAGAUCCUCUGAGGUCUAAGUUGUCGUGAUGACCCCAAACCAAAGUCUGAACAGUCAGAAUAUGUAAUUUUGGUUCUUCAUACAUUGUUCUCCCAAUUCUAGACAGAAAACAAAGAACACAUUUAAAACUUUUCAAGUUUCAAAACUUUGAAAACUUUUGUUUUGGCCUUACAUGUGGUCAGGGUUACCAAAAUGUAACUGUAUAAAUCAUAUCUGUUAAAAUACAAGCAGAUGUUAUGGAUAAACUAAAACCACUGCUUAGUGUUGCAGGCUGUGUCUGCCAUAUGUUACUGUAUGAGGAAAUGUAUGAUGAGUUGAUCUCAGCGCUGCACAAAAAUAGAAAGGCAAAAAAAACAUACACUCACGAGCAACUUUCUUAUGUACACCAUACUAGUACUGAGUUAAACCAAGUUUGAUGGAAAAAGAUACUAGUAAGAAUUUUCAGAGAUUUCUCUUCACAAUGAUGCAACAACAUCACAGAGUUGCUGCAGAUCAGCUGCACAUCCAUGAUGUUCUAACACAUCCCAAAGCUGCUGGAUUAAGAUCUGGUGACUGUGGAGGCCAUGUGAGUACCGUGAUCUCAUUGUCAUGUUCAAGAAAACACCUGAGAUGAUCUGAGCUUUGUGACAUGGUGUGCUAUCCUGCUGGAAGCAGCCAUCAGUGAUAGAUACAUGGUGUCAUAAUAGGAUGGACAUGUUAAGCAACAAUACUCAGGUAGGCUUGGGUGUUUGAAUGAUGCUCUGGUGGUUUUAAGGGAAAAAUCGCCCACGCCACUAAACCACCAGCAGCCUGAACAAUUGAUACAACACAGGAUGCAUUCUUAUGCUCAUGUUUACGUCAAUUUCUGAUCCUACUAGUCAAAGGGUCCAGCAGAAAUUAGAACCCAUUGAACCAGCCUCACUUUCCUGUCCUUAGCUGACAGGAGUGGCACCUAGUGUGGUCUUCUGCUGCUGUAGCCCAUCCAGAGAUGCUCUUCUGCAGACCUGGGCUGUAAUGAGUUAUUUGAAUUAAUAAUGCCUUCCUAUUAACUUAAAUGAGCCUGACUAUUCUCCUUUGACCCCUGAAAUCAAUAAGACAUUUUCACCCAGAGAACUGCAGCUCGUUGGAUACUUUUUCUUUUUCAGACCAUUCUCUGUAAACCCUUAAGAGAGUUUAAUGGGAAUAAAUCCAAGGAGAUCAGCAUUUUUUGAAACAAACAAUAUCACGUUCAAAGUCACUUAAAUCACAUCUCUUCCACAUUGUGAUGCUCGGUUUGAACUUAAGGAGGUCGCCUUGAUCAUAUCUACAUCCCUAAAUGCAUCGAGUCACUUCCAUGUGAUUGGCUAAUAUUUGUGAACCCUUAAUAAGGUGGUCAGUGAGUGCAUUUGAAUAUGAACAUCUGUCAACCUAUAAUAUAAAAAAGUUAUAUGAAGUCUUCUUUAAAAACAUGAUGCAGAUGUUUAUCUCAAAUCUUUGCAGAUGUAAAACCACAAACCAUGCGAAAUAAAACUGGGCGUUGUUGUAUAUUGUAUAGUUUUCUGUUGCAUUAAAUGACGUGUUCCACUCCCACUUGCGUUGCGAACCAUGCAUGAAAUGGCUCAAUAUUUAUUUUGUUGUUUGUUUAUAUCUACAGUAUGCCAUUUUUAAGGAAAAAUGUCAGCGGAGGAGCGAUCGCCUGUGACAUUUGAAAGUUCAUAAGCUGUAAAAAUCUUCAAGCUGAACGCAGUAACUUGUGCGCUUCAGUGUAAUGCAGAGAAACAUUAAGCCACAUUUAUUGGCUGUUUUUUUUAAAUCCCAUUAUUAAAACUGUGAGAUAUCACACAUUGUGUGUGCAGUAAUGUGAGGUAGUGAAGUGUUGAUUGCUUGUGUACAGCUGUGCAGUGUAUCAGUUACAUUCAGCAGAUAUUUGUUGCUUCAGAGUAACGUGUUUGAAGAUGAACCCAACAGCCUUCUUUUUCUUUUGAUGUAAUGCUGCAGCCAUUUAAAGCAACCAGAAGUUGUUGUUUUAUUUCUUUUAUUUGGACGAAUAUUCAAUUAAAUUUU